AUGGAGCUGACGCACGCGCGCGAGAAUGCUGCUCAGGAGGGUGGCGGCGGACGAUGGCUCCGGCGCCCGCUCGACCUCAGGGCGCCCUUCGCCAAGCUCGGCGGCUCGUUGCUCCGCUCGCCGCGCUCGCCCAGGACCAGGAGCCGGGACUCGCACCGCCUCGGCCUCGGCGGCCUCGUCGACGACGACGCCCUCGCCGAACCCGCCGCGGCCUCCAACAACCGCCUGUUCGGGCCCCAGGCGCGGCAGCCGUUCAAGCUGCCGCAACGCCUCGCCAAGCCCCUCAUCACCACCCAGCCGAGAGACUGCGCCCACGCGUCCCCGGAGCACGGGAAUGUGGGGACCGCCGCCAGCUGCAAGCCGGUGCCGUGCAGCCGGUCCUACGGGGAUGUGAAGUCUGGUCCAGAGGUCACCGUGCCCGGCGGCGCUCCGCCCGGCGCGAGCAGCCACCAUGCCGGUCUUGGCAAGUUCCCCGCGCCGGGCUCCCUGCCGUCGUCCAUCGGCGGCCCGCGCCGGUACGUCGGGUCCGUGUCCGCGACGGAAGCGGAGCAGUCGGAGGACUACACCUGCAUCAUCGCGCACGGUCCGAACCCGAAGACCACUCGCAUCUUUGGGGACUGCAUCUUGGAGCCCUGCACUCUUGGUGAUGGCGUGGACGCCAUGGAAGUCAAGGAAGGAGCAGAGUCAGCGCCGGUUGGGCCCGCAUGGCCACAGCAGCGGCUCGCCAGCGCGCCCGCAGCAGCGACGUUGGUGGAGCGGGCACAGUUCUGGGUGAAUGAAUUGGGGUUUAUGAAUGUCUGUUUUAUGUUUGCAAAUGCAACGGUAUCUUUUCAGAAAAUCAUAUCGUCGUACCCUGGUCCCUUGUCACUUGUUUCAAUACUGUGUCCUGAUCCACACUUCAAAAAGAGACAUCACAAAAGAAGAGUUCUGCAGCAACCGUUGGUCGAUUCAAUCACAAAAAAUGUCUGUUUAGGCGGACGGGAUGGCUUCUGGAACGACCCAAUGGGAAUCCGGACAGAGCGAGAAAUCCAUGCAGAGCUUGAAGGAGCAACCAUAUACAGGAGGAUGUACCAAAAGAUUAGAGAUGCUUCUUAG